AUUUCUUUAUUUAUGAUGCUAAGAUUAGAUUUGUUUCAUGUUUAGCUCACACAACACAAAGACAGCAGUGUGUUCUUUAGCGUACGCUUCUUUCUUUCCAUCUUUCAACGCCAAAUCUUCGUUUCUUUCCAAUUUCUUCAUUCUUUCUUUCCUUUUUCCACUAAAAUUCACUCAACACUUCUUCAUAUUCACCUUUCAAAUCAAACAAAACCAAAUCCACAUCACAAAUUCAUUACCUCAUUUUCACACUUCAUUCCAAAAUUCUUAAAUCAAAGUUUGAGUCUUUUUCAGCUUCUUUCACUUUCACUUACUUUGUGUUCAAUUUUUUUGAACAAUUAAAGGGUACCCUUUAUCUGGGUACCCUUAAUUGCAUGUGGGUUUUUGAUAAAGUUUGAAUUUUUUUGCUUAAUAUUUGAUGGGUUUGUAAAUGUGUAAAUGGGUUCUUUGGAAUCAACGAUCCCAUUGAAGAAAGGGAGUUUAUUUGGUACUAUUCAUAAUUCAAGUAAAAAAGAGAAACACCCAUUUUCACAAAGGUUUAGAUCGAGUUUUUCUCGUUUGUUGUUCAAGAAACUAGAUUAUGUUCAAUGGAUUUGUGCUGUUCUUGUGUUUCUUUUUCUUGUUGUUGUGUUUCAAAUGUUUCUUCCUGUCUCGGUUGUGGAACAUUCAGCUGUGAAGAUGAAUUCUUGGAACAAUUUACCUAAAAGAGAGAGGUUUGUGUUGGACAUUGGUGAGGAGGAAGCUGUUUUUUUGUCUAGGAUUUCGGACAAGUUUAAGGAUUUGAAUCAGUUUAACCGAACGGGGACGCGGGUUGGUUACAGGAAUCCUCAGUUGGCAUUGGUAUUUGGAGAAUUAUUGGUUGAUUCACAACAAUUGUUAAUGGUAACAAUUGCCACCGCUUUGUUAGAGAUUGGCUACAGAAUUCAGGUAUUUUCACUUGAAGAUGGACCGGGGCGUAAUAUGUGGAGAAAUUUAAGAGUUCCCAUCACUAUUAUUCAUAAUCAUAACAAGCCAGACAAAACUGUAGACUGGCUAAACUACGACGGUAUAAUUGUGAGCUCUCUUGAAGCCAGAAAUGCCUUUUCUUGUUUUUUGCAGGAACCAUUCAAGUCUGUACCACUUAUAUGGAUAAUUCAUGACAGUGCUCUUGGUUACCGUUCAAGACAAUAUACUGCUGCUGGGCAGAUUGAACUUUUUAAUGAUUGGAGAAAAGUUUUCAAUCGUUCAUCUGUUGUUGUCUUUCCAAACUAUGCCUUGCCGAUGAUCUACUCCACAUUUGAUACUGGAAAUUUUUACGUCAUUCCUGGUUCCCCUGCUGAAGCGUUGGAAGCAGAUGCAUUUAUGGCAUUGCAGAAAGAUAAAUUGCGCAUCAGUAUGGGCUACAGUCCAGAAGAUGUCAUUAUCGCAAUUGUCGGCAGUCAAUUUUUGUACAAGGGCAUGUGGUUGGGGCAUGCUGUUGUGUUGCAGGCUUUAUCACCACUUUUGGCAGACUUCCCUUUAAGCAAAGAUAAUACAACUGCACAACUACGGAUCAUUGUUCAUAGUGGAGAGUUGACAAAUAACUACACUGUUGCUCUUGAGACGAUGGCACGAAGCUUGAAAUAUCCAAAAGGGACCAUAGAGCUUAUAGCUGGAGAUUUGAAUUCAGAGUCUGUUCUUGGCACGGCAGAUGUUGUGAUAUAUGGAUCCUUGCUUGAAGAACAAUCUUUUCCAGAGAUUUUGAUUAAAGCCAUGUGCUUUGAGAAACCAAUUAUUGCUCCUGAUAUUUCUAUGAUCAGAAAAUAUGUUGAUGACAGGGUAAACGGCUAUCUUUUCCCAAAGGAUAAUAUUAGAGUUCUUAGAAAAAUCAUGUUAGAGGUGAUCUCAAAAGGGAAAAUAUCACCGCUGGCUCGGAACAUUGCCUCAAUGGGGAGAAGAACUGCUAAGAACAUUAUGGCUUCCGAAGCAAUUGAUGGAUAUGCAACUUUACUUCAGAAUAUUCUCAAGCUUCCAUCAGAGGUUGUUCCUCCUAAGGCUGUUUCAGAAAUAUCCCCUCAUGUUAAAGAAAAGUGGCAGUGGCAUUUGCUUGAAGCAGUUCCAAAUUCGACCUAUCAAAAUAGGGUAUUGAGAAGCAACACAUUUUUAGAUAAAUACGAAGACCGUUGGAAUCGUUCACGAAAAGAUAGAUCGUCUACUGAUGUUACUGAUAAUGACUCAUUUGUAUAUAUGAUAUGGGAAGACGAAAAACAUAUUCAGAUGGCUAUUACCAAAAAAAGGAUAGAGGAUGAGGAGUUGAAGGAUAGAACGGAGCAGUCACACGGAACAUGGGAGGAAGUAUAUCGAAAUGCGAAGAAAGCUGAUAGGUUAAAGAAUGAUUUGCACGAAAGAGAUGAUGGAGAACUUGAGCGGACUGGACAACCACUUUGCAUUUAUGAACCGUACUUCGGAGAAGGAUCCUGGCCUUUUCUACAUCAAAGAUCUCUUUAUCGCGGAGUUUCCCUGUCCAGCAAAGGUAAAAGGCCCGGGAAAGAUGAUUUUGAUGCCCCUUCUCGUCUUCCAUUGCUUAACAGUGCUUACUAUCGAGAUGUCCUUGGUGACUUUGGAUCCUUCUUUGCCAUUGCAAACCGGAUUGAUCGUUUACACAGAAAUGCUUGGAUUGGAUUUCAGUCUUGGAGAGCAACAGCAAGGAAGGCUUCUUUGUCCAGAGCUGCUGAAAAUGCAUUAUUAGACGCCAUUCAAUCCAAAAGGGAUGGGGAUGCACUAUAUUUCUGGGUGCGGAUGGAUACGGAUCCGCGAAACCCUUCACAGAAGGACUUCUGGUCAUUUUGCGAUGCCAUUAAUGCAGGAGGUUGCAAACCUGCUUUCUCAGAAGCAAUGAGGACAAUGUAUGGAUUAAAGGAUGACGUGGAUGCUUUGCCACCCAUGCCCGUAGACAGUGACACUUGGUCUGUCAUGUCGAGUUGGGCUCUACCCACAAGAUCCUUUUUAGAGUUUGUGAUGUUCUCCAGAAUGUUCGUCGAUGCAUUGGAUGCGCAAAUGUACGAGGAGCACCAUUUGACUGGACACUGUCCUUUGAGUUUUUCAAAGGAUAAGCAUUGUUAUUCAAGGGUUCUUGAACUUCUUGUAAACGUGUGGGCCUACCACAGCGCAAGGAGGAUGGUAUUCGUAAACCCCGAAACCGGUCUAAUGCAGGAACAACACAAUUUCAAGAACCGUAGAGGACAAAUGCGGAUCAACUGGUUCUCGUACAACACACUCAAGAACAUGGACGAGGACUUAGCAGAGUUAUCAGAUUCCGAGGAUCCUAAUAGACACUGGUUGUGGCCAUCAACUGGUGAAAUUUUUUGGCAAGGUUUAUAUGAGAGGGAAAGAAGUUUAAGGCACAAGGAGAAAGAAAAGAGGAAGCAAAAGAGUUUAGAAAAAUUGAAUAGAAUGCGGAAGCGACAUCGACAACAAGUAAUCGGGAAAUAUGUUAAGCCUCCACCAGAUAUGGAAGAAAGUUCUAACUCAUCUUUGCUUGCAGUAUAAACAUCUUAAUAAUAUAAAUUCUUUUCUUCUUUUGUAAUUUUUAUUUCCUAUAUUUUUGUUAACAUAAUUGUUAUUUUCAUUCAGAAAAGAUGCUGAUAAAUAGCUAAUGUGUAAAGUAUCUUAAUAAUAGUCUAUUUUUAGAACUUUUUUCCCUGUAAUUUUAUUCUUUUGGGAUGGUAGGUUAUUUAUUUUAGGAAAUUGUAUGGAGGGUUGUAAUAUUGAUAGCACUUGACAAACUGAAUGAAAUUAUGUUGUGUAA